AUGGCUCGAGUAUGCGUUAUCGGAGCGGGCGCAGCUGGCCUAUGCGCAGCUAGACACCUGCUCGUAGAACCCUGCGUUAGCAGCGUCGACGUACUGGAGCAGGCUGGCCAGCUCGGCGGUACUUGGGUGUACACCGAAGACGUUGGAUACGAUGACUUCGGCCUGCCUAUACACACUAGUAUGUACAAAAGUUUGAGGACGAAUCUUCCCAAAGAAAUCAUGGGCUUCCCGGAUUUCCCGAUCCCGGAGAGUGAUAAGUCGUACCUGCCAGCUAAAGAUAUGCUCACCUUCCUCCAGGCGUACGCAGACAAACAUGGAGUCACCGAACUUAUCAAGUUCCAUCACCAUGUGCAACUGAUAAUACCGAAGGAGGCGCCUUCUGGCACUUUAUGGGACGUCACCUUCAAGAACCUGAAGAACGGAGUUAUAAAGACGAAGGAAUACGAAUAUGUGUUUGUCUGCAACGGACACUACAAUACACCGUUUAUACCUAGUAUACCAGGGUUAAAGGAAUUUCAUGGUGAGGUAAUGCAUUGCCACGACUACCGAGUUCCAGAAAUAUUUACCGACAAGAGAGUGCUGGUCAUCGGUGCAGGGCCCUCCGGCAUGGACAUCGCAUUAGAAAUCACAAGUGUCACAAAGAAGGUUAUCCUUAGCCACCAUCUAAACCCACAACCAAGGACGAAGUUCCCGGACAACUUGGUCCAGAAGCCUGAUGUUCAGAAAUUUGAUGGAGAGAGAGUUUACUUCCAAGAUGGAAGUGAAGACGAAGUUGAUGUUGUAUUCUUAUGUACUGGAUACCAGUACAACUUCCCGUUCCUCCACCAGUCCUGCGGUAUCGUGGUGGAGGACAACUGCGUGGAGCCUCUGUAUAAGCACUUGGUGAACAUCCGACACCCCUCCAUGUGCUUCAUCGGCGUUCCUUACUACGUGUGCGCUUUCUCCAUGUUUGACCUUCAGGUGCGGUACUACAUCCGCUCGAUGAACGGCACGUUCCGGCUGCCGGCGCCGGCAGACAUGACGCAGGACUGGGAGAACGAGAAGCGCGACCGCGCCGCGCGCGGCUACAGCAAGCGGCAGACGCACAUGAUGGGGCCCGACCAGGGUAACUACUACAUAACGCUCGCCCUGGAGUCCGGUGCGGAGUCUCUGGCCCCAGUGUUCACCAAGGUGCACAACGACUCCAGUCUGAAGUUCAAGGACAACCUCACCCAUUACAGGAAUGAUAGAUACCGUAUUAUAGACGAUGAUAGUUUUACUUGAAAGAUACUACGCCUCAUUAGCCACAGAGGCCAAAACGAAAACUCUACCUUCAGUGCUCACGAAAAUACGAGAAGAGAGUUCAGAGCGGUUCCUCCACAACUUAAAGCAUUACAGACAAGAUGUCUACAAGAUAAUAGAUGA